CACCAAGAACCUCGAUGGCCAGAGGACCACUUGGAAAGAGACAAACGGGAGGUUGAGUGGGACUUCAGUAAAGAGUUCUUCUGUGACGUACCAGGUGACAGCUAUUCCAGACUGGUGUUUGCAUCGGCCGAGGGGAAAAGUCUGUGGAACAUUCAGGCCAUCAAAUCCAUGUGCAAUCAGGACAACAGAAGGGUGCGCUCCCACCGCGAUUACCUGAAUCUCUUCCAGCGCACCAAUAACGUCUCCUGUUGUCCAAGCUGGACUCUGGGUAACUACAUAGCCGUCCUCACCAACAAGUCAUCCUGCCAGAAGAUCACAGAGUGGGACGUGUCGCACACACUCAAGACCCUGCGCUCGUGCGCCAAGUACUACCACAACGGCACCCUCGUACCCGACUGCUGGGACAUGGCGCUGUGGCGCAAAGAUCAGCUGAAAUGUGCCAGCGUGCCCCGCAAGUGCACCAAGUACGACGCCGUCUUCCAGAUCCUCCAUUUCCUGGUGGACAAAGACUUCCUGAGCCCAAAGAGCCUGGAGCAUCCUCCCGUGCUCAGGUACAGCAUGUUGUUCUUGCCCACAGAGAAAGGAGAGUCCAUGAUGAACAUUUAUCUGGACAACUUUGAGAACUGGAACUCGUCAGAUGGCGUCACCACCGUCACGGGGAUCGAGUUUGGGAUCAAACACGACCUCUUUCAGGACUACCUGCUCACUGACACGCUGUACCCCGCUAUAGUCAUAGUGAUAGUCCUGCUGGUCAUGUGCGUGUACACACGCUCGGUUUUCAUCAAGCUGAUAACCAUAAUCGCCAUCAUCAGUUCGCUGAUCGUGUCCUACUUCCUGUACCGAAUGGUCUUUAACUUCGAGUUCUUCCCGUUCAUGAACCUCACCGCCCUCAUCAUCCUGGUGGGGAUCGGGGCAGACGACGCGCUUGUGCUGUGCGACGUGUGGAACUACACCAAGUUCGACAAGCAGCACGCCGAGCUGUCGGAGACGGUGAGUGUGACCCUGCACCAUGCCGCCCUCUCCAUGUUCGUCACCAGCUUCACCACCGCCGCCGCCUUUUACGGCAACUACGUCAGCAAUAUCACCGCCAUCCGCUGCUUUGGCGUCUACGCCAGCACGGCCAUCUUGGUCAACUACAUCCUGAUGGUGAUGUGGCUGCCCGCCGGUGAGCACUACCUGCCUAACCUGUUCGCCUGCUCCAAGCCCACGCAGCCUAUCACCAUCAUCUGGGGGGUUACACCCGAGGACAACAGGGAUCCCCUGAACCCUAAGAACUAGGGGAAGCUGAUGCUGGACAGCAGCUUCAACAUAGCCAGCCCAGCAUCUCAGCUGUGGAUCCUUAACUUCUGCCAGAAGCUGAGGAACCAGAGCUUUGUCUUUCAGUCGGAGGAUCAGGACUUCACCAGCUGCUUCAUCGAGACCUUCAAACAGUGGAUGGAGAACCAGGACUGUGAGGAGACCUCGGUCUACCCCUGCUGUAGUCAGUACUUUCCCUAUAAGAAGGACGUGUUUCAGCUGUGCAUCAAGAGAGCCAUCAUGGAGCUGGAUCGAAGCACAAGCUACCAUCUGGACAGCAAGACCCCCGGACCUCGGUUUGACAUCAACGACACCAUCAGAGCCAUCGUUCUGGAGUUCCAGAGCACGUACCUCUUCACCCUGGCGUAUGAGAAGAUGUACCAGUUCUACCGUGAGGUGGACGCCUGGAUCACGGAGGAGCUGCGCUUCGCCCCAGAAGGUCUUAGCCACGGCUGGUUUGUCAGCAACCUGGAGUUCUACGACCUCCAGGAUAGCCUGUCGGGCGGCACGCUGAUUGCCAUGGCGCUGUCUGUGGCCGUGGCUUUCAGGGUCAUGCUGCUGACCACCUGGAACGUCAUAAUCAGCCUGUACGCCAUCCUGUCUAUUGCUGGCACCAUCUUUGUCACCGUGGGCUCUCUGGUGCUUCUGGGCUGGGAGCUGAACGUCCUGGAGUCGGUCACCAUCUCCGUUGCCGUGGGGCUCUCUGUGGACUUCGCUGUCCACUACGGCGUGGCCUUCAGGCUCGCUCCAGAACCCGGCCGGGAGGGGAAGGUGGUCUUCUCCCUCAGCCGGAUGGGCUCCGCCAUCGCCAUGGCAGCGGUGACAACCUUUGUUGCUGGGGCGAUGAUGAUGCCGUCGACGGUCCUAGCCUACACCCAGCUGGGCACGUUCAUGAUGCUCAUCAUGUGCAUAAGCUGGGCUUUUGCCACCUUCUUCUUCCAGUGCAUGUGCUGCUGCCUGGGGCCCCAGGGCACCUGUGGUUAGAUCCCUCUGCCCAAGAAGCUGCAGUGCCAAGCAUUUGGCGAAGACAUGCCCGCAUGCCCACCCCCCGAGGAGAAGUAUCAGCUGGGGGCCAGGGGCAGGGAGGCAGAGCGCUAUGAGCUGGAGCCGUUGGCCUCCUGCCAGAAGGCCGAAGUUAAAACCGGAGAGGAGGAGGAGGAGGAGACGGAGGAGGAGCUUUGCUCUCGGCUCUGUAACGGAGUCCCUCCUCAUCCAAACCACACCGCAGCUUUUCCACAUGUUCGCAGCACUGAUAUAGACAGAACACAGCCAGAAAACGGCCUCCCUACCCCACCCAGUUGCCAGUACACUUACAACUGUACAUGUGUAGAUCCCCCAUCUCAGCUUGUUCAGCAGUGGGCCCCGCGUCCCUGCACCCGGGACUCCCCGUCCUGCCCUCCCACCCCACAGCUCCUCCAUCUCUCAGGCAAUGCCAGGAUCAAACAGAACCCAGCCCUGUUAGCGCCCAGCGUGGACCCGGCCUACUCACACAUGGACUGCUGUGUCCACUACGUCCACUGCCCCCUCACUCAGUUCCAUCACUGCUCACAGGGAAGGCCAGUGGGCCCCAGGCAGGGACCUGCCCAUGCCUGCCGUCUCAGAAAGUACUGUGUCCAACCGGCGUCACACCAGGACAGCAGCAAAGCUUCCGGACAAGGCUCUACUCCGCAGACUGCGGACAAAGUAACAAAACCUUUAAAUCCUGAAGGGGAGCAGGAGGCGAGCUCCCAAGCCCCGACACGGCCCAACGGCCGGUGUGAGCCCUCUGCACAGACCGCCCGUCAUGACAAACACAGGAUGAAGGAAAGCGAACACUGCUGUGAAGCAAAUCCUGCAUCCAUCAUUAUUACAGACGCAAUUGCAGAACUCGCCGAUUGUGCUAAAAUCCCUGGCAACCAGGAGAGGCCCAACAGUAUUCCCGUCACACGGGAGCAAAGCGCCAAAAGGUGCAAACGGAGCUCCAGAAGAGAGCGGCCGCCCCCCGCCGCCCCAAAGAGACCCUACUGUUUCAGCAGGACGUUGAAAGUGAGGUGCAGCUCGGCGUCAGAAUUUAACGUGCCAAAAGGUGAAGCCAGCGAGCCUCCUGUUGCCGCGAACACUCCGCCCUGCUCUGAAAGCUUGUGCUGAUGCGUGGUUAAAAACCCAAAAAUGGCUGACACAGUUCUGUGCAAUUCUAGUAGGUGCUGGGUGUGCCAGCUCUGCUAUGGAAUAUUGUCCUUAUUUUGUGCUUAACUCAUGUAUUUCAUGUCCCUAGUGUCAUGUACUGUAUGAAUAUUUACAUCUUUUUACACAGAAAGCUUUAAAGUGACCAUUUUACUUCUCCAGCAGCCAUUUUGCACCACCGCUACACCCAACAGGGUCUGAACUGCAGUUUCCUGCUAAACUAUUCACACCCCGACCACAGACUUCUACGUAUUUUAUUGGGAUCUUAUGUGAUAGAUCAACACUACAUAGUGUAUAAUUGUAAAGUGGGACGGAGAUAAUAAAUGGUUUCAGCAUCUGUCCAUCGUCUUCUGCUUCUCCGGGAUCGGGUCGGAUAACCCCUCUGCUGCCACCAGACAUCCCUCUCCUCCCCAAGGCGUUCCCAGGCCAGACUAAAUGGUCCUUCCAGUGAGUUCUGGGUCUUCCCCGGGGUCUCCUCCCAGUGGGACGUGCUUGAAAACCCCCCUAAGGGAGGCGCCAUGGGGGCAUCCUGAUCCGAUGCAACCUUAUCCACACACAGAAACAUAACAGUGUGGUGUGCAUUUUGAUUCAUCCCUCCUAAGUUAAUACUUUUCAGAACCGGCUUUGGCUGUAAUUAUUGAUGGAAGUAUGUUGGUGGC